CUGCUAUGUCGAUCCUGCCUGCAGUAGUUCCAGGAAACACAAUAGCAGCGAAAGAUAAAGGGAAAAAGAAGGCUACCCAAAAUGACUUCAUCUCUUUCGACGAUUCAGACCUGGCUUCAGAAAGCUCUUCUUCGAGCUCUAGUUCAAAUUCAUCCUCCAAUAGCGACUCGGAUUCCGACUCGGACGAUGAAGAAAUCACUCAAGAAUAUUUACAGUCCCUCUUGGAUAAAGCAAAAUCAAACGCUCGAGAGUCAGCAAAAAUGAAAAAAGCAUUGCGGGAAAAUUUGGAUGGUGACGAAUCGGAGAGGCCAUUGCCGCCAUUGGAUCCAGGGGAACUUCCGCCUGCAUAUUUUGAAUUCGUGAAAGAUCGACGUCACGCCCCUGCGACUAUACGAGACCCAGACAUCCAGCAGCGCAGAAGCAGCCACCUCUGGAACCCCAUGGAAAACCAGACUGCUGGUCCAAGCUGGUUUGACCUUCCAGCGCCCGCUGAAGCCGAUCUACCUCGAUUGCACCGUGAAGUCGAAGCUCUUCGCCUGCGCAAUCAACUUGAUCCCAAGCGCUUCUACCGUAAAGGACGACGGGGAUGGGAAGGGUAUCAAAGGACUACCGAAACAUUUUGCUGUAGGUUUCCAACACAAUAUAUUAUUGGCACCAUUGUGACUACAAACACGCCAUUUGGCACAGCAAGUACGGAUAACCUUCCUCGUGCUCAUCGCAAGAGAACUUUGGUCGAUGAGUUAGUCGAUGAUGCAGAAGCACGACGAUAUGCGAAGAGGAAGUUCGAGGACCUGCAGGUCGUGAGGGGUGCGAGAGGAAAGAAUACCCUACACCAAAAGAAGGCAUUACGCAGGCCAAAGUGGUAACCGCACGUUAGAGGGCAUGACCCUGGUACGAUAAGUGAUGCGAUUGAUCGAGACA